AUGGACGACUUUCCAUGGGAACAGGUGAAAUCAGGGGACCUGGAGAGCCUGCGAGACGCUCUCUUUUCGAGCUCGACUACUCGCAGAACUCUUGCUCUCCAGGAGCUCCGCGAUAAAAUUGGUAAGUUGGUUGUUGUUCACCCCUCCGAGUCGGCCAUUCAGCAUGGACAGUGCUCACGCGCUCUGUUCUUUUUUGGACUUUUAGGCUUUGAAUUACCACAAGAAAUCCGUCAGUCUCUUCUAGGACUCCUUUUUACAACCUAUCCGCUAUACGUCGAUCGCCCUUCUCGACAAGCCGUCCAGCAAUGUCUGCGUACGAUACUCAAGGCGCCCGUUCCGCCCGAAGAUCUGAAAUACCUUACCCAGAAACUGCUCACAGAGGCUUCUAAACCCGGGCUGGCUCCAUCUUCCGCAUUUGUCCUGCUGGAAUGGUGUUGCCUUCUGCUGCAGAUAUUGAAAAAUGACCCGGACACUCCUCUCUCGAUCAUACUGGACAUUGUCGCUGUGGAUGCAAAGGCUCUCGAAACCUGUCUUGCCGCUGGUCCCAGACCAACAGUGAAGCAGUCUGCCCUUACUGUUACGAGACGUGCUCUACGCGCCGUUUUCUCGUCAGACAAUUGGGGCGAGGAUGCUGUCCGCCAGUCAGUCGCUCGACUGACUGGUGACUCGGCUGCGGGGCAGAAGAAUGCGCCCUUCCUCGGUGUCAUUUCUGGUGUCUGUGCCCGCCUACCGAACAGCAAGGCCGUCCUGGAACAAGAGAAGAAAUUGGUCCUCGCAUACUACGUCAAAGAAUUGAUUGGCUCAAAAGCUGCAGUGCCAAACCACAUCGCAAGUGGCUUGUCUGACUUCUUCGCCUCUUUUAUUACCUAUGAGGAGUUCACAUCGGAGCUAGUACCUCCUCUUGAGAAAUCGCUCUUGCGUGCUCCAGAGGUGGGAUUGGGUGGAUUGGUGCCUUCACUAUGCUCUUCUCUACCGGAGGACUUCGACCUGUCCGAGAUUUUGUUUUCUCGGCUCCUGAAGCACCUUCUCUCCAGCAUGAAAUCAAACAAUGUGACUAUUAGGCAAGGUGCUGUGCAGUCUCUUGAGUCCAUCCUCUCAAAGUCUAAAAAUGAGAACUGGCUUGUCAAGACUGCUGGUGAGAUCAUCGGACCCCUCAAGGCCCAGAAGAUCACGAGCCCAGAGCAUCGUGCUGUGUAUGCUCAGGCGGUCUGUGCUAUCUUGCCUAGUGAGAGCGUCUCCAAAGACAUAGUACAAGGGUUUGCUCCUGUCUUCUCGCGGGAAUCUAACGAAGUAGCAUUGGAACAAGAAAUCAUGGCCCUCUGCAAGCACCUCACUUUCCUCCUUCAAUCCAAGGUGAAAAUUAGUGACGAUGUCAUCAAUGCUGUCGUCAAAGGAAUUGCAGAUAAACGUAUUCCAUUCCGGAAGCUCUGGCAACUGAUUGUUGGGGGCGUCUUCUGGCGUAUUGAGGCACCAACACUGGCUACCUCCGAGGUUGGACCAUUUGUCACCAAGUUCCUCGACAAGAUGAAGGAUUUGUUCAAGGAGGUAACUUCAAAUCCUCUACCUUCAGCUCAGAAUGGCUCUUUGUCCGCCGCAUUUGUGUACCUUGCCCUCUACGAAAGGGUAUCUGCAGCCCAGGGCGUAGAUAAGGCGGACUGGGAAACCACUGUGGCACAGUCGAUGCUCCUCAGCCCAAAGCCUUCUUUUCUCCUGAACCCUAAGGCUUAUACCAAAUUGACGUCUCCAGCAGAGAUCCAGUGGAUGGUUCGCGCGCUUGUGGCUGUCUCGUCCGGAUCCAAGUUUGAGAGCACCGAACAUGCAGCCAAGGUUGCAUGGGCUCAGGCAUUCAUUUACGCUAUCACGGCUCCCGGACUUCGCACAAAUUUGCGUGAGGAAGCUGCUCACGCGCUUAUGGGAAUUUAUCUGCGAAGGUCGGAACUGAUGGGUCGCGUGGUCACUGAAGCUCUGUGGACGUGGAUUCUCGCCUUGAGAACGGCAGAGAAAGAGUCUGCUGCAUCGUCUGCAGGACCGGCAAGUGAGAAGCUCCUUCACCUCGUCGCGAAGGCCAUCUGUCCGUCUACUGCCGAUAUACAGUCCGAUAAGAUUCGCUCUGAUCUGAAUCGUCAACUCAUUCAGCUUCUUGUACUUUGCAGGCCAGAACUGAUUCCCAACGUUUCAUGGAUCGCACUGUGCCUAAGGACUGGUACAGAUCCUGGUAAUCUUGUUCGUGAAUAUCCGGAUGAUUUUAUGAAGCAAUUGACGCAGGUGCAGGAGGUUGGUCUUCAGUUGUUAAUCCGGGAUAGAAAAUCAGAUGCUAACUUGGCGCAGGAUCCCAUCCAAUCGAAAGUCCCUGGGAUUGAUGCAGCUAUUUGGAAUGCUGCAGGGGACCUGGCGUUCGUCGCACCAGACACUAUGGUCCCUCGCCUAAUUCGGCAGAUCAGAGACGAUUUGGAUGCUUCGCGUCUUUCGAGGUUCACACCAACCGAUGUAGCCAUUGCCCGCACCCCAGAGGGUACCAUGUUUGUUGAUGUCCUCAACGCCAAGUCGAAGCAGCAAGCAUUCGACAAGAACACCAAAGACUACGACACCCUCAAAUGGGAAGAAGAGCUGCGGGCACAAUUAGCUCAGAAGAAAGGCCAAACGCAGAAGAAGCUUACCGCAGAUGAACAAGCGAAGGUCAAAGCUCAACUUGCAAAGGAAUCUAAGAUCCGUGAGGAGGUCCUACAGGAAGUGAAGAGAAUCGAAAGAGGCGCCGGUAUUAUUCAGGGGCUUGCGAGCGGGCCAGCCGUUGAUGCUGAUGGAUGGAUCAACCCGGCUGUAAGCUCGUUGCUGUCUCUGGCCCGAGCUGGCGUGGGCUUGUUCGCCGGUGAUGUCGUUUCCAAAGCGUACGUGAAAUGUUCUGAGAAAGUCUCGUCGCGCCUGGGUCCCCUUCGCCCCUUUGUUGGUGUUGCGACACUUCGAGCAAUUGGCAGGUCCCAUCUGCCGCCUGAGAUGGAAACCGAGCCACUCGGUGGUGAGUUUUCACAUAUUAUCAGCACUUCAGGCAUCUAUUGA